CGGCUUUACAGACAUACUUAUGGGCUUCCGCAGGCGUUUCUGGGAAAUCGAGUUUCUUUGUGUGCCUUCUGAGAGUAGCGCUGCGGGCAGGGUAGGGAAAAGAACUACAUAUCCCAGCGUUCCAUAGGGCUCUGUAAUCUGUGUUUGUGACUGAGCGCUGGGGCACCGGGUGAGUGAGCUGUGGGACCCUCAGCAGCACCUCUCUGGCCUGAGUUUAACCCCCGGGAUGCCACUGAGACCACUCAAGGAAUGUUCAAAUGGAAGACCCUCAGGGAUUGGUUUUAUCGAACUGACACCACCCCAUUGGUGACAGACCUGAGACCCCCUAGGAAUGGCUGAGAGAGAUGAGACUCCCAGGAAUGGCUUACAGAGAUGAGACUCCCAGGAAUGCGUGUGUAGAUGCGAGACCCUCAGAGCUGGCUGUCGGCACCGGGGACCCCCUAGGAUGUCUGUACAGAUUUGAACCCCCCCAUCUGUAUGGAGCUGAGAGCUUCUGGGACAAGUGAGAGCCAGAACGAUGGCCAAUUCGACCUUGAUCUCUUCUUCUUGGACACAGCCCCCAUGAAUAUCAGCCAACAUGGACUUGACCCCUGUGACUUAAUGUCACCGGUGUUACAUUUGGGGAGCAGUGCGGAAUGUUACCCCAAGGAAGGUCCCUGGUCUGUGUGUUCCUCAAACAGACUCCAAGGAGGAGUUCCAACUAUGGCUUCCCAAGGAGGAGGUCCAUCUAUGGCUUCCCAAGGAGGAGGUCCACCUAUGGCUUCCCAAGGAGGAGGUCUAACUAUGGCUUCCCAAAGAGGAGGUCCAACUAUGGCUUCCCAAGGAGGAGGUCCACAUAUGGCUUCCCAAAGUGGAGGUCCAACUAUGGCUUCCCAAGGAGGAGGUCUACCUAUGGCUUCCCAAGGAGGAGGUCCACCUAUGGCUUCCCAAAGUGGAGGUCCAACUAUGGCUUCCCAAGGAGGAGGUCCACCUAUGGCUUCCCAAAGUGGAGGUCCAACUAUGGCUUCCCAAGGAGGAGGUCCAACUAUGGCUUCCCAAGAGAAGGUUGUCCAGGCUGAAAAGGGCCCUAGCGACAACAUCAACACUGUCAUUGCACAUCUCCAAAGCCUCGCCUCAGAGACAUUGUACCCCCGGGCUGACACCAGCACUCCCACCUCAUCAUCGUUAUCUUCACAUGGGAAACUAUCUGAGCAGCCGGAAAGAGCAGACAAUAGGGCAGUGGGCGGGCACAUGAUGUGUAACCGUGUGGAGUUACAAGAAAGCUUGGGAGGUGCUCAAUACUCAUUGGCCAAUGUCCUGUCUGUCUUUAAAGGGAAAUCCAAUGCCAAGAAAUACAUCUGCUCAGACUGUGGGAAGAGUUGCCCCUGCCAUUCUGCCUACAUCCGCCACCAGAGGAUUCACACAGGGGAGAAGCCAUAUUCCUGCACCGAAUGUGGCAAAAGCUUCAUCCAGAGCUCCGAUUACAAUAACCACGUCAGAUCCCACACAGGGGAGAAGCCAUAUUCCUGCGCCGAGUGUGGCAAGAGCUUCAGCCGUAGCACCUACUUACUGACCCAUUCCAGAACCCACACCAAAGAGAAACCCUACAAGUGCAACGUGUGCUCCAAGAGCUUUGGGCAACAUUCACACUUGGCUCUACACCUUCGAAUCCAUAGUGGGGAGAAACCCUAUAUCUGCAUCGAGUGUGGCAACAGCUUCAGCCGCAGCUCCACUUUGGUCAAGCACAAGAAGUCGCACAGGAGGAAAACGCUCCACGUUUGUGUGAAGAGAAACGAGGGAGAAGCCUCUGGGACAUGGGGGGCAGAGUCCGGCAAGAGAGAUAUUCCAGAAUUUCCCUCACUCUCUGGGCAGCUGGUGGUGGUGAAAUCGGAAAACCAGAUGCAAAGUGAGAAGAGGAACCCCCAGAAACUGUAUAAGGGGGCGAAGAAAGGCUUCCCCAGACCCAUAAGAAUCACUCUGGACAAAUGUCCCGUUGUAGAAAUGAGAUCUGAGGGGCAACUAAGAAUGCUUCCCCGUCGGCACAAGUUCCUGCGGAAAAAGAAGCUUCAGGGCCCUCCUAGUGAGUCAGACAUCUGUUUGUGGAGCAGUCACAUUGGGGGGUCUUCUCCAUCUCUGGAUUGUGGAAAUUGUGAGGUUCCUUGUACCGGGAACCGGGGUUCCUUGUAUGAGGGGAUCUCAGAUGAGAACACAGAGAACUAUCAACCAGGAGUACAAACAGCUGGCAAGUACGAGCCGACCGGGACCAUGGAGCCACCAGCUGGUGCCUACACCGCAGACUAUGGUUGUGCCAACAGCCGAGAGACAGAGGCCCCGGGCCCUUUCAGUAAUGCCGAUAUUGGCAGCUGUGGGCAGAAUGAUGGUGGCUUCACCAGUGAGAAAGCGUUGGAGCCCGUAGUCAGGCCACCGAAGGCACCCUCCUAUAUCUGUACCUACUGUGGGAAGGCUGCUCCGUGCCAGUCGGCUUUUCUGCGGCACCAAAGGAUCCAUACGGGGGAGAAGCCAUAUUCCUGCUCGGAAUGUGGCAAAAGCUUUAUACAGAGCUCUGACUACAACAAUCACCUUAGGUCCCACACCGGGGAGAAACCAUACACCUGUGCCGAGUGUGGCAAGGGAUUCAGCCGCAGCACCUACCUGGUGACGCACUCUAGAACCCACACCAAGGAAAAGCCGUACAGCUGCACCGAGUGCGGCAAGAGCUUUGUCCAACACUCUCAUCUCACCAUUCACUUGCGCAUCCACAGUGGGGAGAAACCGUACCCCUGCCUGGAGUGUGGGAAGCACUUCAGCCGCAGCUCUACCCUCGCUAAACACCAGAAGUCCCACAGGAAAAGGAACGAUGCGCCAUUUUGUGCGACACGGGGGGAGGCCAUAUUGUGCCCAAAGCUGAGCUCAGUUCCUGGACUUCAAAAUCCAAGCUCCUGAUACACAGUAACUGUACCCCCAUCUUGUAUUGGCACCCCGGCCCUGGGGCUACUGCUACAGGGUGGCUACCUGGUCUAAGGUUGCCUGAUACUAACGGUUCUAGGACUGGUUUUCAUUUGGUCGAAGGAACAUUUUGCUGAGUGUUCUGGAACGUUCUCCUAUAGCCU